UGCGUAAAUGGCACAAGGCCCGAGCGCAGCAGGCGCAGACGCACAGGACAGAACGUGGGUUGUGACACGGGAAAUAACACGUUGCUUCAGAUGCAUGCGAAACUUGUGCUGCUCGACAGGUUCUCGUUCGUCUCUUGACAGGAGAUCCCCUACUCAUCUGUCCAAGCGUCAAGUCGGACAGGAGUCAAGGUGUCACAUCCGGUGGGUUUUCACAAAAAUAACCGCAAUGAGACGAGUGGGUUGAUGGGAAGCUGCAGAGAUAAGUCUCUAACAGACACCAUUCUAACACUGCUGGAGGGGUUCACUAUCCAGACUCUGGGACCAGGGAAUCAAACCAUCAACCCUUUGGUUAGCGGAGAACCCUCUCUACCUCCUGAGCCCCUCUUAGACUGGUUUUUCUCAAGCUGCAUCGCGUUGAGCUCUCUCGGCCACCGUACUACUCCACCUGUUACUCGCGUUUACUUUGAAGAGGCCACUUCCGGCCGGUGCCUGCGUGCCGCCGCGCCUCUUGACGCCUCCUCAGCCGCGCUCUCUGUGGGUGAAGCCGCAGGAGCAGCGCUUCCAUAAUGCGGCCGUGAGGUGAACGGAGGAGGAGGAGGCGGAGGAGGAGGACAGCGGCGUCUGCACCGAGCCCGUGUCCGCCCACCAGGCACCGGAGAGCGGGGAGCGAGAUAGAGAGGAUCUAGCCACCAUGUCGAACCGAAAGCACCGGGACAACCAGGAGAUCUGCGCCCGCAAGGUCCGGGAGCUGGCCCAGUCCGGAGUAAACAAACACUGCUUCGAGUGCGGCCAGCCCGGGGUGACUUACACGGACAUCACGGUGGGGAGCUUCGUGUGCACGUCGUGCUCCGGAAUGCUGAGAGGCCUCAACCCUCCCCACAGAGUCAAGUCCAUCUCCAUGACGACCUUCUCCCAACAGGAAGUGGAAUUCCUGCAAAACCAUGGCAACGAGAUCGGGAGGAGGACCUGGCUGUGUGUGUUUGACCCAAAGACGGACGGCUGCUCCGACAUGAAGGACUCUCAGAAGUUUAAAGAGUUCCUGCAGGACAAAUAUGAGAAGAAGAAAUGGCAUUUCUCCAAGAGUAAGAACCGGAGGGACGUGGAGGGUCCGUGGAGCCCGGGGGUCCAGGCCAUGCCCCCCUCCCAUGGUCCCCUAGCGAGCCAGGCCCCGGCUCACAACCUGCCCCCCAACGCCAGAUCGGCCCGGCCCCUGUCCCAGGCCCAGCUGCCGCCGUGGGAUCGAGUCCCCGCCAUCUCGCCCGCCGACAUGCGGAUGGACGUGUUCACCGCUCGGCCGUCACGCUCCCAAAGCUUCAGAGACCCCUCUCUGAAAGACCCCACCCUGUGUGGGAUAGAGAGACAGCGGCCAGGCUCCCUGUCCUCGGCGCUGGGGGCUCAGAGUCACGCCCCCUCCUUCCCCGCCCUCCCACGACCAUCAGCCAGUAGCUCUUUCAAAAACCACUUCACUUUGGGACGCACGGUCUCGGCCUCGGGGGCCACGGGGCCGUUCAGGGCCUUCCCCAAGUCCCUCAGCGUGGACUUUGGAGGUCUGAGCCACGCUCAGCCACAGGGUCUGCCCCAUUCCCUGUCCCAACCCCAGCAGCAUCCUGGCGGCGGCAGCCAGACGACCCCCCCGGUCGGCCGCCCCGGCCAGGACCGGUACGCUGCCGUGUCCCAGCUGGACAUCGUCUUAGCCGACCCACUACCGACCACAGCGCCACCUGCCGGCCCCCCGCAGUACAGCGCCAUCUUCGGCAGCAGGCUCUCUUCCAGCUCCACUCCUGCCAGUUCCCCCGGUGUCGAUGCAGUGUCCAGCUCCCAGACCUUUGCAAAUUUCCCCAACCCAUUCAGCUCCGGCUCUGGCUCCAGCUCUGCUUCCCAGCAGCCUGUUGCCCUCUCCCCCAGUAACCCCUUCAGCAACGCCUCAGGAGGUGACUCCAGCCCGUUUGUCACCUCGCCCACCUCCGCGUUCCCUCCGUCCGCCUCCUUCCCAACGCCCACAACCCAGAAUGCAUUUCCUCACGAGGCACCCAGCAGCCAGGAAGCCAAUGGUUUCGCCUCCUUCCCUCCGUCCGACUCUCAGCCCAAAGUCGCCCGGCCGAUGUCGGUGAACCCGUUUACUGGGAAUGUUUAUCCAAGUCGAGGGACGUCGCGGAACCCUUUCAUCUGAUCCUCCCCACCAGCACCCCCCCCCCAACGCCUCCUCUUACCUCACCCCCCACCCCACCCAUCCCACCUCUGGGAACUGAGGGAGAAGUGAACUUGAGGAGUCGCUGCCAUUUCAAGGCCUCUGGAGUAUUUUCAUCCUCGGGGAGGGAGGGUGCGGAGUCCCCCCAGGACC